AUGAUGGUCGACGUGAAGACCGAGCUGCAGGACCGCGCGGGGGUCCAGACAGCGGCGCACGAGGCGCGCGACGUGCCGGCCAUGGAGGGCGCCGCGGCCAUCGGCCAGGCCGCGCCGGUCGCGCUCGCGCACCCGUCCCCCGCGCCGCCCCCCGCGGACGCGCACGGCUCGGACACUGGCGAAGGCACCGCCGGCGCGAAGCGGUCGUACGGGACCGCGGACCUGCAAGUGCCGGACGACAACGGCAACGACGGGUCCACAGACGGCGGCGCCGCGACCAAGCGGCCCCGCACGGGCUCCAGCGGGGACGGGAGCAACCCUGAUACCUUGCGCGUGGAGACGGUGCCCCCCGUCGUCAGCUGGCCGAAACCCGCGCGCCGCCGCACGCACCCGCGCCGACGGGCCUCCGACGGGCGCAUCCGCAAGCUGAGGGCCACCGUCGACGCACUCGCGAAGCCCGCGGCCGCCGACGCGGGCGAGGAGGCCAACGACGUCGCCGCGCUGCUCCUCGGGCUCGCCGGGAACCCCGCGCAGGACGCCGCGCUGCCGGCGCGCGUCGCGCGGCUCGCGGCGGCGGCGCAGGAGCUCCCCGCGUCGCCGCCGACGCACCUGUGCACCGCGUGCGGCCGCGCGGUGGAGCUGCGCCACGGACGGCGCCCGUCCUUCCUGUGCCACAAGGCGCCCGGCGUGGCGGGCUGCGGGCGCCGCGCGGGCACCGCGCACGCCGUGCCGGCCACGGGCGGCCCGCCGCCGGGCGCCGGAGCGACGCCGAUGGCGCCCUGGGGCGCCGCGUUCGCGCUGCUGCCUGUGGUGCACGCCGCCGACGUGGCCGGCCCGCCGAGCCCGACGCACGACAAGAGCGCGACGGCGACGCGCGACGCGUCCCCGGCGGCGCGCUCGCAGCGGCGCAGCGAGGCGGAGGACGCCGCGCACGAGCCCGCGGGGCGCUCGGGCGGGUGA